AUGGAAGAGUUAGGAGGGCUACCAUUAUUAGGAUCACAACCUGGGGGAAAUUGGGACUCUGAUGCUUAUUCCUUUGAAGACCUUUUCAUCAGUUGCUGGCACAUUACGUCAUCGUCACCGAUAUUAUAUGUGUAUUUCAGUAAAGAUAUUGUGGGAAACGAAGAACGCGUUCAACUAAGUAUUGAUAAUCCAACCUUUCCUGUGCCAGUCUAUUAUUACCUUGAAGGACGCGAUAGUAAUAUUUUUUCGGCGUACAAGACAUAUUUACAGGAAUUAUUUCAAGCAUUUGGCGCAAAUGAGACAACAGCAACCGAGUAUUCUAAAGGAAUUGUCAACCUUGAGAUUGACCUUGUAAAUAUUUCAAGCUAUGUAAAUAAGGAUUAUAAUCGAGCGGUCCCAAUAAAGAAGCUUAACAAAUUUGGGGAUAAGAUUGAUCUCAAGAAAAUCGUUAAGGGAAUACUGCAGCACGGAGAGUUAUCGACGAAAUCGUCAGAUGUGGUAAACUUAUCUGGCGUCAGAUAUAUAAAUAGCAUUUACAAAGUGCUAAAUAACUAUCCAAAAAGGAUGGUAGCAAGUUAUUUACUAUCACGUGCUGUAAUAACAGAACUCUCAUUUUUGCCACAAAUUUAUACAAAUAUAAAUAAAAAAUUUGAAAAGUUUUGCUUUAGAGUCGUUAGUGUUAUAGCUGUCUUCACUGUUCAUCAUCGUUAG